UUAUUGAAAUGGAGGAUUUUUGCCGUACCUGCGGCAAAACAGUGGAUGCAGAAAUUUGCAUCAACAUUUUCUCUCCAAUGGGUCGUCGUCUUUUGCACAGCGUGCGCACAAUAACAAACUGCUGGGUGGAGAACGCUGCCGGGUUUCCCAUCUAUAUCUGCGAAGAGUGUCAAAUACUGCUGAAGAAAAUUAACUCCUUUCGAAAACGCUGCACAAAAAUUGAGGCGUUCCUCACUAGACGUAAAAGUAAACUGAGCUCAAGCAAUGGAAUCUCGCCUGCUGCAUCAGAUAAGGCGAAGAGCAACGAUCCGCUUCGAAUUGAGGAACCGGAUGAGCUUGGCACAACGGAUAUUAAGGUAGAGCCAACGACCACCACACAUCUCAACCGGAGCGGCGACGAUUGUGGUGGCAUCGAACCAAUGAGCAACUCUUAUUACGAAGAUCAACCAGAUUCUGAAGGCUUUGACCGUUUAUCUUUUGAUGAGGAUUUAGAGGAGGCGCCCACUGAUGAUGCCGCCAAUGCCGACAUGGUCCAGAAAAACUCAAUCGCUGAAGUCCCUUGCAGAAAGUCCAAGCGCAACUACACGAUGCGUGUGGGAAAGAGAACUAUGUAUAUCAAGCUGACCGAUGACCAACAGCCCAAACGCAUUGUGGAUCGCGAGCGACAAUGGGCCUCGGCGCGACCCUGCAUUUGUGAGCACUGUGGUCGCCAAUUCAAGGACGGCAGCAAUCUUAACGUGCACCUUUUGCGGCACACCGGCACCAAGAACUACGAAUGCACCGAGUGCAAUGAGAAGUGCUACACGCUGCAUCUGCUGCGACGACAUCAGCUCAAGCAUACAGAAGGUCCAUACGAGUGCACCUUCUGUGGACUCCAAUAUAGUACAAAGAGCUCACGUGUGCGGCACGAACGUGAGGCUUGCAAGAAAGGUCGAGGGCCGCAGUCAAAAACGGAGCUCAUCAAACGAGGCGAACGCACCUUUCACUGUGAUGUCUGUGAUCUUUGGUUCCUGCGGGCCGGCAACCUAACGCAGCAUAUGAAUUCCUCCAAUCACAUUGCGAAUGCGCGCUUGAAAACCAAAAAAUUCCAAUCCAAACAAAAGAAAUCGCUGAACAUGGACACAAGAGAUGAUGGGAACACAAUUUUGUAACUUUGAGACUUAAUUUAAUAAAAUGAAGUUGCAAUUUA